AUGUAUGGCCCCUUCUGCUGGUGGUGGUCCCAGUGGAAGGCAAACCCAUGUAAAUCAUUCAGACUGAGCCUGAUCGAGCUAGAUGGUAUAGAAGCCCAGUCACCAGGAACUUGCCUGGCUCCAUGCAGGUUAAGGGACGUUGAUGGUAGAAGUGGAGUCGUGGCGUGUCACACUUUAGACAUUGAGCUCCUGCAGCCUCCUAUUACGCCUGAAAAUUCCUGUAAUGAUCUGGACCUCCAAGAUCUCCUAGACAUCCUGCAACCUGAGAACACACAGGUAGAAAUGAUGACGGUAUUUCAUAACACCAUGGACCUAGAAGCAUCCAGGACAUGUCAAAAUGUUGAAUCUGAUGCUUUGCCUCAACUCCAAAAGUGCCUCAGCUGUGUCGUACCACAGGCUCAUCAGCCAGUCCCUCUUCUCCAAUACGGUUUGUUGCAUACUCCAAACCCAUCAGAGCUUCAACCAGACCUGCUUCCUCUGGUUCCCAGUACAGAAUUGGAUGACCACAGUCCCACACCAACCACAAGGGUCACUUUGGGAAACUCUGAUCCAUAUUCGUCAAACACUCCUACAAAUUACACAGAUCUGCUUACAGACGAUUUAGAAGAAUCUGUAAAGGGAGUAAAUAACUUAACUCAUUUCAGCAUGAAUCUAUUAACACAAGAAGAUAGACUGGAGUCUGAAAACUUUUCUGGCUUUGGUAUUCACUUUCUAUCAUGUGACCUCCCAGCUCCAAAUAUUCCCCUGAGGAAUAGUUUGACCCAAGACCUAAUGGUUUCUCCUUCCAGUGCCUUUCUGCAACCUGAAGAGGACGAAAAAGGUCUCCCUAGACCAGUAACUGACCUUUUAGAAGAUCCUAACAUAUUAGAAGGCAUUCAACUGUUAGACAUAGCACUAGAGGAAGGAUUCAUUUCUGAGAUGGCAGACAGGCUGGAAGAGAUAGUCUACAACGAUGGUGAAAUCUUCCAACAAGAAACUGGUAGCGAUCAGAGGCCAUCAAGUCAGAAAGAAGAUGGUGAAGAUGCUAUGGAUUCAGACUCUGGUCUUUCUGUGGACUUCAUCCAUAGCUCUGGCUCUUCAUACAUUUCUGAGGGCUCAACUCAUUAUUCUUCAAUCUUCACACCAUCAACCCUAUCUCCAUCUUUGGUGUCAACUGUUGAAAAUAUUUUCAGCGAAGAUGAGGACAGAUGGGAUGAGAAUGAUGUAAUUGGUACAGAUUUAGAACUUCAGGUGACUGUAAAGCAGGAAAUGCUGGAGGAGGAAAUAGGAGCAGUUGGAGAUGCUAAACAACUCUUUCCUGACAACUAUGUGAAUCACAAACUGCUGCAUGGCUUUAACUGGCUGGAAUAUAUUGGCCACGAUCACACAUACAACCAGACAUUAUCUUCCCCAUCCCGAUGCAAGGCCCCCCAACAGGUUAAAUCUGCUUUGAGACACCACAAGGCAAAGCCAUACCAUAAAAUCACUGAAACCAAAAACUGGAACCGGGAUAAACGACAAGCCCAAGCUCUCGAGAUCCCUUUUUCCAACGAGCUCAUUGUUCACCUGCCUGUGGAGGACUUCAGCGACCUGCUGAGCAGCUACCAGCUUACUGACGAGCAGCUCGCCCUCGCCAGGGACAUACGACGACGGGGGAAGAAUAAAAUAGCUGCCCAGAACUGCAGGAAGAGAAAAUUAGAUGUGCUGCUGUGUUUAGAAAGUGAGGUGUCAGAUUUGAGACACCACUUUUCACAUCUGCUCAGAGAAAAACGGGAAGCCCUGAGGCACACGCAGGAAAUGAAACACAGACUGAAAGCGUUACUCAAGGAAAUCUUUUCCCAGCUGAGGGAUGAGGAAGGGAGGCCGCUGAAUGCUACAGAGCAUGUGCUUCAUUUUAGACCAAAUGAUGUCACAGUGGCUUCAGUGACAGUAAAUAAAAAUAACAAGGACAAGUGAGGAGGUGAACAAGAUAACAGUUACAUUAGAGGGUCAAAGGUCAUAAUAUACAAACAUAACUGGAAGAAUUAGCAGCAAAAGAAGGCACUCUAAUUCUCAGGUUUUCCAAUGUUGGAUGUUGGCAUCUGGGAAAAAUAAAAGCACUUGAACGCCCCAUAAAAAUCAAAUUCAACUGCCACUAAGGACAUCAGGUUUAUCUAAGUACUGUAUAUGUAUAUAUGUAACGGGUAUAAGAAAUACUUAGAUUAUUGUAAUGAAAUUCCUACUAAAAUAUGUAUAAUAGUUGUCCUGUAAUGAGUGGGCUUUGGCGCCCUAUACUGAUACGAUAUAAAUAUGACCGGAAA